GGAGGAGGAGCCAGCGCUGGCUGCGGGCAGCGCUCCCAGCUCGGGGCAGCGCAGGUGGAGCGAUGGGAGCCGCGGACAUGGAGGGGCUGAGCCAGCGCUGCCCGCUGCUGCCCGCUGCCCAGGGCUGCCCCCGCGCGGGCCGCGCCGCCCUGCUGCUGGCGGUGACUCUGUCGUUGCUGAUGUACCCGGUGCUGAGGAGUCUCACUCUUCAGCUGCACUCUGCCAUCACUGGCAGCUACAUCUCUGGGACUCACUCCAUUGCCUUCAUCAACUGCCUCAACGAGCAGAUUGCCAAGGAUAUUGCAAGGGCCAUCAUGGAUAAGAAGCUGGCUGCCUACGUGAACAUCCUGCCCAAGAGCUCAGCCUUGUAUUUCUGGGAAGGGGAACUGGAGGAAUCCACUGAAAUACUGCUGUUGGUGAAAACGAGGACAUCGAAAAUAGGUGAACUAUCCAACUACGUCAGAUCCAUCCAUCCCUUUGAAAUUCCCGAAACCAUCAGCCUGCCUAUUGACCAAGGAAACCCUCUCUACCUCAGAUGGCUGGAGGAGAGUGUCCCACAGGACUAACUGAGAAGUACAGAACACCAGGUAAAACGUGCUGAGCCCCGCUGGUCUCCCUGUGCGGGCUGACACUAGGAAGCAGUUUGUAUCUUCACGGGUUUGCUAAUAACACAGAAACUCGGGAUUGGGAAUAUCAUUUGCACUCAAAACCUCCCCUCCUUGGCCUGACCCUGUGCUCCAGGAUGCACCGAGCAGCCCAGAGGCAGCAGAAUGUGGCCGGGCACCCCGCAAUGCGCUGGCUCACACCCUGUGCUGCUGCCAUGCAAUGUGCUGGUUCGAGUCCUACAGAAUCCAAGGGAACAGCAGACCUAAGCAGAUGCCACAAGGAUUUACCAGGAGCUGCAAGCAGCACACACACUGACCCCACCCGCCGAGCUGGGCUGAGCUAGGAUGAGAUGAGCAACAUCCAUGGCCAGUUCAGGGACAGCAAGUGAGCAGGACCGGGACAUCACCAGCCCUGCAUCCCCUACCCAUGCCUCAACAGUGGCUUUCUACCCAGGCCAUGUUUAACCUUGCAAAAAGAUGCUCACAUUAAUAGUUUAAUGGGAUAUAACUUAUGGAACAGGAUCAAGUUGUUUGUGUGACUGGGAAGGGAAUAAACAGCAGUUUUUCUUA